AUGGAAAACAGCACGUCUAACAGUACAACUACUUCCUCUGAGUUCACUUCACGAGUGGGGGUGUGGUACUGGAUUCUAAGGGGUCUGCUUGGUUUGAUCAUUUUGGCGGGAAACACUCCUGUUAUCUACGUCAUUUUCAGGUGUCAUAGGCUCCAGAAGGCAGCUAAUUGGUUUAUUCUGUCAUUGUCGCUGGCGGACCUUUUUGUUGGGAUUUUCUUGAUCCCUGUUUCUUCCGCAUGUGCUCUAUGGACGAAAACCUGUAACUUCUAUGUCUUGAGAAGAAGUUUCGACCUUCUGCUCUUUGUCUCCAUAGGCAACAUGUGUGCGAUGACCGCUGACCGGUAUCUCUUCGUGGUGAAGCCGCUGACCUAUCAGCAGAACAUGACGAAUUCUCGCGUUUUACUGUGGAUAUUAACCGCAUGGAUCAUACCGAUUAUCAGUUCUCUCGUUCCUUUCGCGUGGAAAUUCUCUAACGCGUCGGUAGAUCCAAUUAAAGCCUCUAGAAUAUAUGGCACACUGCAAACCGUCCUCUUCAACCUCCUUCCUUGCGCCGUGAUGUUGCUUAUCUACGGACAUAUUUUCUCCAUUUCUAGAAGGCAUUCGAGGCAGAUUCGCGCCCUUGCGAAGAAUCAACAUUUAACGCACGCAAACAGGUUUAAUUCCCUGCCGCGAGGGCUGGAAAGGUCUGCAACGAGGGUCUUUGGUCUGGUUGUAUUAAUUUUUGUGCUAUGUUGGAUGCUCUCGGCGUACAGGAAUCUCUGUGAUUAUUUUUCUUUACCAUGCCAAGUUACUUUUGAGGUUGUUUUGACAUCUCGGCUUCUCAUGAUCACAAAUUCAGCCAUUAACCCUUUCAUUUAUGCUUUACUGAAGGAAGAUAUAAAGCAAGAAGUGAAGAAGAUGUGUUGUGGACGUAAAACCAGAACUGCGGGUGUAAAUUCACGCAUUCCAUCCGUUUACAAUCACAGAAAGAGGGGUGAUCUUUCUGACAAUUUGUCAGUUGUUAUACGCGAAAACUAA